UUUUUCUCACCUAAUCCUUCUUCCAUGGAGAAAACAAUAAUUGUCUCUGAAUCAUCCCCAACCUGAGCAUCAAGGUACCUGGCAGGGGUUGAGUGGAUGUGAAGGACGCGAAUGGGCAGAGGAGAAAUCCUAGAAAGAAAGAUGAGCACCCGGGACCUCUCAGAUCUGUGGAGCAGAUCGGAUGGAGACGCUGAGCUGCUGCAGGACUUGGGGUGGUACCAUGCCAACCUCUCGCGCCACGCGGCCGAGGCUCUUCUCCUCUCCAACGGAUGCGACGGUAGCUACCUUCUGAGGGACAGCAACGAGAGGACCGGGCUGUAUUCUCUGUCUGUGAGAGCCAAAGACUCUGUCAAACACUUUCAUGUUGAAUAUACUGGAUAUUCACUUAAAUUUGGCUUUAACGAAUUCCCAUCUUUGAAGGAUUUUGUCAAGCAUUUUGCAAAUCAGCCGUUGAUUGGAAGUGAGACAGGCACUCUGAUUGUUCUGAAACAUCCCUAUCCAAGAACAGUGGAGGAACCUUCCAUUUAUGAGUCUGUCCGGGUUCACACAGCAAUGCAGACAGGAAGAACAGAAAACGACCUCGUGCCCACUGCACCUUCUCUGGGCACCAAAGAAGGCUACCUCACCAAACAGGGCGGCCUGGUCAAGACCUGGAAAACAAGAUGGUUUACUUUGCACAGGAAUGAACUGAAAUACUUCAAAGACCAGAUGGCACCAGAACCAAUUCGGAUCCUAGAUUUAACAGAAUGCUCAGCUGUACAAUUUGAUUAUUCACAGGAAAGAGUAAACUGUUUUUGCUUAGUAUUUCCAUUCAGGACAUUUUACCUCUGUGCAAAGACAGGAGUAGAAGCUGAUGAGUGGAUCAAGAUAUUACGCUGGAAAUUGUCACAAAUAAGAAAACAGCUCGACCAAAGGGAAGGCACAAUCCGAUCUCGGUCGUUCAUCUUUAAAUAGAUCUUUUCUUGCCAGGAAUGCCCUGGCUCAGGAGCAAGGUGGAAUGCUCCCUGAUGCUGGCAUCCAUAGCUGACUUCAGACAAAAGCUAAAGGUUUUUCUUUAAAAACAAAUCUAAAGCAGAUGCCUAUACCACGUGGGACCCAUAUACUACAUUUGCUGAUUCACGGAAAACUGCUGCCAUUCCAAGAUAUUACCAUCUUCCUGAGAAUACCGAAGCAAUUAUUAUUCUGAUAGAAACAGAUUAUACUACUCCUCCCAGGCCUGCUCUCUCUUAGAAGACACAAUGUAGUAAGAUAGAAGGUUCUCAUUUUUCACUUUUUGUGGUCCCCAAGUUUGUUGACGUUAGUUGCCUGGAGUCCCACUCUGAGUCAUGGUCAGCUCACCUGACACCCAGGUUGUGCUACUAACCAGCAAGGAGAAGUCAUCUUCUGUACUUGGAGGCCAAGACUGCUUCUUCACCAAGUCCACUGAGAUAACAAACAUCAAAGAUUUUGGGGGGAUGGGUUGUUUUGUUUUUUUUCCCCUUUAUACAAAAAACUAAAAGUUUCCAAAACUAAAAUGGAAAAUGAUUAUAGUAUUUAGUUUUUCUUAGAAGGCUUGGAAAUCUAGUGGGUUCUUCACUUCCAAUGAUAAAACUGUGAGAACUAAAUGUCCUAUGGGAGAUUAGGUAGGACAAUAAAAAUAAAUAAAGGUAUAGUUUUAAAAUCAUCUCUUUUAACCAUUUUUGGGGAAAUGUUUUAAAGAGUGAGAAAACAUAAAUAGAGGCAGGGUAAUAAAGUAGUAGAUAACUUGUAGUUUAAUAAUUAUUAUUAUUGUAGUAAUAAUAAUAGAGCACGUGUAAGCACUAAGUUAUCUUUACCUGACAGUUCUCCGAACAGACUGAAAGAGGCUUCUUAGGGCGAGUGUGUUAUAAUAUUCCCUUCCCUGGAAUUAGCUGUGUAGGCUAAUUCCAAAGAAUGGCCCAAAGAAUGUGAGAAUCACCUUGCACUGCCAUCUCUAAGCACCCUGUGCCUUAUUAAAGAGCAACUUUUGUUGCCAGUUGAGGAAGUAACACUAAAUCUUCAUGAAUUAAAUAAUAAUGUGUUACACAGCCAUUUCAAACUAGAAUAAGGGGAGUGAAAUAGGGGAAUGGGAUACUAGUGUCCAGAGCUCAUAAAUAGAUUCUAACUCCUGCCAUUAUUUUUAUUAAUACUGCUUUCUUAGGUAGAACUUUGAAAGAAGACAAAAAUAAGUGAAGAGCCUAAAAAUAAAAACAUUAUGGUGCAAAGCUAUGAUAUAACACUGCUCAUGCCAUCCAUAGGGAUACUCUGUUAUUGUUACUUAAACAUCCGAGACUCAAAAAUUACGGUAAACUUUUGUAUAUUUCAACAAGAUUUUUAAACAUAUUUUGUUAUUUUGUUAUGUUUUUAUUAUAUGGAAUAAAGCAUAUGUCAAGUUAAAAUGUAUUGUGCCAAGUUUGCAAAGUAAGAAGUUAUAAAUGAAUCCUCCCUGAGAUGUAUGGUUUUAUGUUUUGCUUUCUUAGAAACAAAGUGUUUCUUUGUGUAGGUAAUAUUGUUUUUACCUUUGUAGAACAUGUUUAUUUAUAUUUUCAGUUUUGUUUAUUAAAAAUAGCAUGAUUUUGCUGUGCGUGUACUA